UUAUGGUCGGGAAAAGAGUUUGCCAAGUUAGUGGUCAAUACGAUUCGUUUGUUCUGGUUCUUUUUUUUUCGAAAUCGUACUCGUACCAUUUGAGGGUGCUAUCAGUUCGAGGUUGUCAUAUAGAUUUCACGGACGCCCUAAUGCUAACACAUGUGCAAAGCUAUAUCUAAACCACGUCUGUGUGCCGCGUAUGACUAUGCCGAAGGAAAUUCUUAAUCAUUUUCGGCUGAGUUUAGUGUGCAUAGGGCGGUUCUCGCAGCGCCAGAGAAUUUGAUUUAUUUUUGUACUAUACUAAAUCCAAUCAAGCCAAAUUAAAAUAUGUCAUUGACCAAGGGAUCGUCAAGGAGGGAUCUAUCAAAGGACUCCAAUCAGAAUCAGAACCAUAACCAUAACGACAGCCCCCCAAAAUCGACGACCAUAGUCAAGUAUGAGAAGUCGUCGUGCCUCUUCUGCAACGAAUGGUUCGAUGCCCAGACAUUCACGGAACACUUGAUCCACUGCGGCCAGGUGCUGGAGGAGUGUCCCAACGGCUGUCAGGCCUUCAUUCCCCGCAUCCGGAUGCGUUCCCACCAGAAGGAGUGUCCCCGCAUCAAUCUGCAGAACCAGAACGCCAACAAUAGGAUGAGUGUCAGCAUGGAUCGUUUGGAUCGACAGUCGGAUCAGCGCCUUCUGGUCAUCGAGCAGGAUGUGGGCACCAUUCGAUCCGUUCUCAACGAGGAGAUCCGCCAGCGUUUGCAUCUCAUCACCGAUGUGGGAAAUAUCCGGAAGCAGAACCAAGUCGUCGAGGAUUGGACCCGCGACACCGAGAAGGCGCUGGAGGAGCUCCGAAAUCAGAUGGACGAGGAAACCAAUCGCAGGGCCUUUGCCAUCGAACAGAACCAGCUAGAUGUCCAAUACUGCUGUGAUAUCACCCAGUCCUUGAAGGAGCAAGUCCAGUCGAGGCUGGACGAGGCUCAAAAGCUGAUUAACCAGCUUUCGGCGGACGUGACCUUUCACCAGAAUCAGCUGAACGAUAAUAUUCUUAAGCUGGAGGAGCUGAUCUUCGAAAAUGAGAGGCUCAACCGGGAAAAGUUCUUUCAGAUUGAGGAAUUUCUGCAACAGAUCAAUGAGGACAUCAAAACAAAGCUGGGCAAUAGUGACUACGUAACUUCGAAACAGGCCACAUUGGACUACGAAGUUAAGAAUGUCAAAAACAUUGUGUGCGAAACCGAAGAGCGUUGUGAUAAAUUGGAUAGAGCCCUCCACCAGACCAUGCAGAAUCUUUCUGAUUUGGAGGCCCAAAUGGCCAUGCAGCAGCGCAUCGCUAGUGUGCAGAACAUAAGAGGUCAUUUGAUUUGGCGUAUUAAGGACUACUCGAAGAAACUCGAAGAGUCGAAGCAAUACGACACCAUUCUCCACAGCACCAUGUUCUCCAAUAAAGCAUUUAGCUAUGCUCUUCGGCUGGAUAUUUUCCUAAACGGCAAGGGAACGUGGAAGGGUCGAAAUGUGAUCGCCUGUUUGAACGUUCUUUCCGGGGAGUACGAUCCACUUUUGGCCUGGCCCUGCCGUCUCCAGGCCGAGAUCAUCAUUCGGGAUCAGAACUCCAAUCUGGCGGAGGCGGAGGAUUAUAUCAAGACCGUAAACGUGCGCAAGAAGAGCGACGACUUUAUCCAGAGCAACCAGUACUUUCAUAUACCCCACAGGGUCAUCACCAGUCGCAACUAUAUUCGCAACGAUUCCUUGUUCAUUGAGGUUCGAGUUCUCAAAUGAUAUACUUAGUAUCAUACAUAGUUUGCCCAAAAUCGAUAAGAAAAAAUUCCAUUAAUAUACUACACACAUAUAUAUAAUAAUUUAUUCCAU